UAGCACAGAGGGCAGCAGAGGCAACAAGGUGCAGGUGCAGCGUGCGGCGACCUCCAACCGAAGGGGGCAGCAGUAGCAGCGGCGAUGAGCUGCAGUUACUGCGACCUCCAGCCGAAGGGGGCAGCGGCAGCGGCAGCGGCGAUCGUGGUCACCGAGUUCCCCUGUCGCCGGGCGUGAGGGGAGUUCCUGGGCCGUGAUGGGCGGCGGGGAUCUGAAUCUAAAGAAAAGCUGGCACCCGCAAACUUUGAAAAAUGUUGAACGGGUGUGGAAAGCAGAGCAGAAACAUGAAGCGGAAAAGAAGAAGAUUGAGGAGCUUCAGAGGGAGCUCCGUGAGGAGCGAGCUCGUGAAGAAAUGCAGCGCUACGCGGAGGAUAGCGGAGCCAUGAAAAAGAAGUCAGAUCGUUUAGAUUGGAUGUAUCAAGGCCCCUGUGCAAUGGUGAACAAGGAGGAAUACUUGCUGGGUAGACCCAUCGACAAGUAUGCUACUGACAAGAUGGUGGACGAGGAAUCUGGCCCUUCUUCAGACACUGGGCUGCUGCCUGGCUCCAUUUUCUCUGCAACAGGGGCUAACUCUGCCUUGGAUAUGGCUUCCAAAAUCCGGGAGGAUCCACUGUUUACAAUCAGGAAGCGUGAGGAAGAGAAAAAGAGAGAGACUUUAACUAAUCCCAUGAAGAUGAAGAUGAUCAGAGAAAUGCUAAAAAAGAACCUGGAUAAAACAGAAAAGAAGAAGAAAAAGGACAAGAAGAAGAAGCACAAGAAGCAUCGGCGCUCCAGUUCCAGUGACAAUGAGCAGCAUAAAGCAAAAAAACGUGGAAGGAGUACAAGUCCUUCAUCCACAUUGGUCCAGAAGAAAAUCCCUGGGUAUGGUUUAAAGGUGAAAGAUUCUCACAGGAUUAAACAGCGACCCACUUCCCCAUCCUCCGACCAAGGUCAAACAUCUCAUAAAAGCAGGGCCAGGUCCCGGUCCCGGUCAGGGAGCCACACCCAAUCAACAACGCAACAGUCUCACAGACGCAACAGACAUGAAGAUUCACGGGGGAGGAGAUCCAGAUCAUCGUCUCGAUCACCUCCGAGAUACUCAAAAGUGCAUUCGCAGUACUCUGACACUGGAAAUAUUCAUGCACAGAAAUCGUCCCCAAGGAGAGAAGGGUACCAGAGGAGACCUCAUUCCAAUCAGUCAAGGAAACUUUCUGCAGAGGAGCUAGAACGCAAACGUUUAGAGAUGAUGGAGAAUGCAAAGUGGAGGGAUAAAGCUCGCCAGUGUAACAUCAAGAGGUACAAAGAGGAAGAAGAAAUGGAGCAAGAACUCGAGAGAAAGGAUACUGGGGAAGCAAAAUUCCUCCACAAAAUGAAACUACAAAGCACUGCCACAUCUUCGUUAGAAGACCGUGUGAAACGCAAUAUUCAUUCCAUCCAGCGGACACCUGCAGCCUUGGAGAAGAACUUCAUGAGGAAGUGAAUCAGGCUGUAAAGAUGAACAAGAGCAGAGAUCCUGUCAGAAGACAGUGUACCCCAAAUAUACAGCAGCUGCCAGAUUUGCCCUUCGUGGAAUAAAAAAAGUAGUCAGGACCUAGAAGCCAAUAUUACUCAGGGAAACAUGAUUCCAAAUGCUAAUUGAUUCUGAGCCCUCUCCAUUUCCCCAUCAGCAGCCAAGUACAACCAAAGAUGCUAGUCCAAGGGUGUCAGUACAGAAAGGGAAACAAGCCAAUGGAAUUAGCAGAUGUGUUCCAUGCCACAGUGAUAUCCCUCACUGCUGCCCGUUAUAUCUGGUUUGUCCAGGGUAAGGGACAGAGUAUCAAUGUUUAGUUAUUAAUAUGUGCUUGUCUCAUUAAGGCAAUCACAGGUAAACCUUAGGCAGUUAUAUUUCCACAUGAUGUGAAAGGAGAGCAUUUGGCCCAUCAAGCUCUAAGAGCAAUUCCGUUUUCAACUAAUUUUCCCUGUAACCUAUUCUCCCCACAUUCCCAUCGAUUUUACCACCCAUGUACACUGGGCCAAUUUUUAACAUCGCCCAAUUGACUACCACCUUUGGGUGUGGAAGGAAAACAGAGCACCCAGGGAAACCCACACAGCUACAGGAAGACUGUGCAAAUUCCACACGGCUGGCACCAGAAGGCAGGAUUCAACCUAGGUCGCUGGAGCCUUGAGGCAGUGGCUCUACUAGCUGCGCCACUGUGCCGUUCGGAUCUAUUGGUGAAUCUCGGUCUUUAAAAUACAAGCGCGACAGAGAGAUUCUAGACAUGUUUAUUAUAUACAGCAUGAAAAGAAAAUACUGGUAAUACUCAGGUCAGGCAGCAUCUGUGGAGAGAGACAAACUUUGACCUUUCUGAAGAUCUGAGGUAGAGGUUCCCUCUUCACAGCUCUAUUUGGAGCACUUGCUGUUUAUUUGAUUUCUAGAAUCUGCAGUUUUCUGCUUUUCAGUUGUUUAGAUAUAGGCCAGUGGGUUCCAGUAGUGUUACACAAAUGGGUAAUGAUGGAAGUAGGCACAUGGUCUCUGAAUCUGUCUCCACGUGGCUGACCAAAGCCUGUAACUACAAUGUGACUGUUAGCCCCACAAAGUUAAGUGGGAAAUGUCAGCAUUGAAGUGUUAAAGGCAUCUUGAAAAUAGGAAGGACUGGAAUUAUGCACCCUGUGCAGAGUGAUCAAUGAUGUAUAGAUGGAUACAGAUGUAUAUCAGUUUUGUGACUCCUUUUACAUUCUCUUGCUUUUUCCCCAUUAUGGGUCAUUUCUGAGCCAGGAGGAGAUUUCCCCUCCUUUAUAUUUCUUGGAAAGAUUUUUAUUAUUUCCUGGAAUUCUCAUCACCCACAUCUCCCUGCUGAGUUUGAGCAUUUGUGUGUAAAACUGUAUGCACGCCUCUCUCGCUCUCGCUCUCGCUACAAGAGUCUAACUUGAUAUUUGUCAAUUAUCACUGGUGGUAGUGAAAUUAGGGACGUGUAGAUGGGCAGAACCGGUUUUUUAUUCUACUUGUAGAAAUACCACUGUCUGUAUUUCUUUCUGCCGGCACAAAUAUUAUUUUCAAGCAGCUAUUUUCAGCUGGCUAUUUAGCCUGAACUUGAUACUGCCAUUGCCUGAUGUAUAAACACAAACACAAUCCAGCAGAAAUUAAUAUAACAGUAGAAAGCAGAUUCACUUCUCCCCACCUCUUCAGUAGCCCAGCACUGUUGGGUUAGAUUGAUUCACUUGUUCGAUUGCCCUGCCUGAGACCAACGACUUCAGUGCAACGUAACAGCUGAGUUCAGCAGCAUUAGUUUUCUGAUUGACUGCUACACUAAAUGACAAAUGUUCACCAACUAAUCAGCAGGGAGGUGCAGAACAUUGAAUUUUAUGGAACAUUGUUAUGGGAUUCUAUUUCACCAACUUGUAUGUAGUGUAAAUAAUUAUCAAUUGUAUUUGGUUGCCAGAAAGGUAUCUUGACAGUCAGGUAUAACACCUUAGAUCUGUUUGCACAAAUUAGUCUGUAAAUAACCACGUAAUUCAUUUGAUACUUUUUAUCAAAGCAAAUGUAUAAAACCGAGUGUUUAAAUACUUGUGAAAUUUAAUGGCAAAAUGACUAAUGUCAUCAUUUUGUAUAUUUCAAACCAUAAAACCCUUUUGAAUUUG